AUGGCGGGCGGGUCUAAAGGCACUUUCCAUUUACAUACAGAAAUGCCAACUUUGCUGCGAAGUCGCUCUGCAAUCACGAUCCUGCUCGAUUAUUACUACACUAAGUCUUCAGUGCUUCAUUGGCGCACUGCGAAUAGUGCGUGGUUUGAUCACACGACAAGCUGCAGUGUAACAUCAGCCCUGAUCAAAUACGUUAGGCUAGUUCACAACCUUUGGGCGCAUACGCUCGGAGCCUUGAAGAGUAACAUUAUGUUGCACAGUCCUACUGUACUCGAAGGUCCCAGCAGGACCUUGCUUAUCGUCAUUCAAGAUUUAGCUCUGCUAGAUGAGAAUCACACAGGCGACUGGCUGCCUGGAAUUGCCGGGGAAAUAUCCGAUACACUGAAAAAAGACGGUUGUGGCGUCCUGAAGUUGUGCCUCAGGAGGAUUGUAAGGACGAUGUUGAACGGCUACGGAAGUGGGCUCUUGAGAGACCGCGCCAGGAAACCCGACCCAGUCGGUGAUGUACCGCGUAUUACUGUCAUCAUAGCUAGUCACAAUGAAGAACGUUUGCUCGUCGUGGGAGAGAGUGAUAAACAUUGGCAAGCUCGCCGAGACUCUGCCCUCCCUGCCGCAUCAUCCGCCUUGGGUGUACUUUGCUUGAUUUAUGGUAUCAUUUCUCGUCACGCCAACGCAUAG